UUGAGGGGGGCAGGGAAGGAGGGGAUUUUUGAGUCUCGUCACGUCCGUGUUAGUCUCCUCCCUCUGAACACUUUUUGCCAGCUUUGUAAGUCUCACUCUGUAUCGUUGCAGGUGAACGCGUGACCCCACGCCCAGCCGGUGCUGGGUUUGAACAGCCGGUGAGCUCCGAGCCGUGCUGUGCCAUUCCCUGCCCAGAAUGUGCGCCAACACCAUUCCUGGCAUCAUCCUGGGGCAGCUUUCCAACGCUGGCUAACGGUUACCCCCCUUGAACCUUGGGUCGAUGCCCCCGAACAGUGCCAACCCGCGAGUGUUUCUGGAGUCAGUCAGAGGGCAGCGUGCCUGGGAUCAAGUGGAGCUGGCAUUCAGACUGGGAGCUGUGGGCACAUCCCUGGGGUAUUGUGUUACUCAGCGAUGACCCUCUGAAGGAGCAAAUCAAGGGGGUCAGUCUGUCACUCUCUCUCUCUCUCCCUCCUGAGUUGAGGUCUAUCACUUUCUUGCCCCCAACUCCUCGGAGCCCACUGUGAGCUGCCAAUGAAGUUGCCCACCAAAGUCCGCUUCCUCGCCCUCCUGAUGAGCGUACAUGUGAUGGUCGUCCUGGUCCUGUACCGCGAGGGAUCUCGCCGGAGGGUCACCUCCAUCUUCAGCGCCCUGUGGAAAGGAGGGCCGGUGCCCACACUCUCCCAGGCCAACAACACCCAGGUCGGAGACAUCUACGCCAAUCUCAGCCUCAUCACUCGCCUCCCGGUGGAUGAGGACCAGCUCCCUUACUGUCCACUGGUCUCGCCGUACCUAGGUGGCCCGAUCCGUGUGAUUUUCCCGAAGGAUCUGACGUUGGAGAAGGUGAGGAAGAUGAACCCCAUGGUGCAGCCAGGAGGAAGGUACAAGCCCCCGGACUGCGAGUCGAAACGCAGCACAGCGGUGCUGAUCCCACACCGACUUCGCGAACAGCAUCUGAAAUACCUUCUGUAUUACCUCCACCCCCUGCUGCAGAAACAGCAACUACACUACGCCAUCUAUGUCAUUCACCAGGCUGGGAACCACACCUUUAACCGGGCCAAGCUGCUCAAUGUGGGCUUUAAGGAGGCAAUGAAGGAGGCCGACUGGAACUGUCUCUACUGUCACGAUGUAGACCUCAUUCCUGAGGAUGAUCGCAACCUGUACACGUGUGAGAAACAUCCCAAACACUCUUCCAUCGCCAUGGACAAGUUUGGAUACAAAUUGCCUUACAAAACCUACUUUGGGGGUGUUUCUGCCCUCACCCCUGACCAGUACAUGAAGAUCAAUGGUUUCCCCAACAAUUACUGGGGAUGGGGCGGAGAAGACGAUGACAUCGCUUCCAGGUAAGGGUUUCCCACUGAAUU